CCGACGCCGCCAUCUUUGUUAGGGGCACCUGGGUCUGGUGUUUGGCGAUGCCGAAGUCGUGCGCGGCCCGGCAGUGCUGCAACCGCUACAGCAGCCGCAGGAAGCAGCUCACCUUCCACCGGUUCCCGUUCAGCCGCCCGGAGCUGUUGAAGGAAUGGGUGCUGAACAUUGGCCGGGGCAACUUCAAGCCCAAGCAGCACACGGUCAUCUGCUCCGAGCACUUCCGACCUGAGUGCUUCAGCGCCUUUGGAAACCGCAAAAACCUGAAGCAGAAUGCCGUGCCCACGGUGUUUGCCUUUCAGGACGCCGCGCAGCUGGUGAGGGAGAACACGGACCCGGCCGGUGGGGGUGCAGAUGCGGACCCGGAGAAGGAGGAGGUGGUCUCCGAGGCGGGGCCCGCGGAGUGUGGCCUGGGGAGGAAGACGGACGCCGCCCUCGAAGCGCUGCCCCCGCACGCUGGCGGCCCCGUAGAACAGGUCUCGCCGCAGAGACCGCAGGGAAGCCAGGCGCCUGGUCAGCCGGCCAGCCCCGCACAGCCGUCCGAUCACAGCUACGCCCUUUUGGACUUAGAUGCCCUAAAAAAAAAACUCUUCCUGACCCUGAAGGAAAACGAGAAGCUCCGAAAACGCUUGAAGGCUCAGAGGCUGGUGAUACAGAGGAUGUCCAGCCGCCUCCGCGCCCACAGAGCGGGCCAGCCGGGACUCCGGGCCAGGCCGCCGCCAGAGCAGCAGAGCUGAGCCGCACGGCCAGGCUUUCCUGUCGGAGCCUCUCUGGGGGGUGGGACGGUGGCUGUGGGGCGCUGGCCGCGGACCUUUCAGUCCUGCCGCUGACAGGCAAAGGGACAGUGAGGCGUGCCGGGUCAAGCCCGUGGUGAGGAGCCCGGGCCACCUCAGGGGAAGUUUAGUGGCAUCAGCCCAGGACAGGGCGGGACCGUGACCAAGAGGAGCUCGGUGCUCCCGGAGGUGACAGCUGUCCUUUCGACAAAAGCUUGGGUGGGGGUCUUCAGAGCCACUGCACGGGGCGCCCCCGCUGGGGAGGAAGUGCACUUCCUGGCGGGGCAGCUGGGCCCAGGCCCUCGGUCACCUGGAGGACGGCGGCUCCGAGUGGCCGGGACCCGCCUCCGAGAUCAGGCGUGCCUCCUUCCUCCCUUGCCCGGCCCGGUCUGAGCGAACGACAUAAUAAAGUGUCUUCCUACGCCACCGGUCUUCCUUCUUUACUUGAAAACCAGUGUAGGAGUUCUGUUUCCCGAGAGCCUAGGUUACACCAGUUUGCUUUCACAGUCGACCUGCAUCAGUACCUGCUUUCGCUAACCUAAAGAGGUCGGAGGAGGAUUUCCACUCUCGCGAGAAAAGGCGAAAAGCAGAACUAGCGACCGCUGUUGGUUCUGCACCGGGCACUGCCGGGCCCCUUCCCCGGGAGCGAAGCUCGGCUUCGAGCUGCCGAGCACCCGGCUGUCUGCGAGCCUCUGUGCUUCAGCUCGAUUUUAUGUGUCCGUUAGUAAGAUGUGGCCUAAAGUAUCUGAAAAACCUGGGAUGGUUUUUUUGGACCUGGGAAUGCUCAGAACGUUUCCUACAAACGAACAGUAAUUGCCUCUUCGCUUUAUGCCAUUG